AUUAUUCUAUGUUUACAUUUUAUAGAAUCACAUUCGAUUAUUUCCUUUAUUUAUUCAUUGAAUAUUUCUUUUACUUUCUCUAUUCCAAAACCAUGUCGGAUCAAAUAAAUUAUUUUGCCCAAUCAAUCGAUUCCUUUGCAGACGCAUCCCUCAAAUCGGAGAACACAGAUCCCGAUGGUCUAAUAAAAAUUACAUAUGACAUGGUCUUCAAUCUGAAGAGCGAUGAGGCCGUGGAAAGUGGAGCCCAUGCUCACGAGAUGGAUGAUGAUUAUGUGGUGGAGUCCUCCAGAUGGAACAAGCGCUCAACAAUAACCGAAAAGCAAAAAUUCCAAAAGGAGGAGCAAGAAAAGUUGGGACACUCUCCCCACUUGAUGAUCAUCUUUGAGGAUGGUGACAUGAAUAGUGCCCUGCAUUUUUUCAUCGAAUCAAUGAAGAAUCCAUUCAAACCGAAUGCCGUGGCCACGGUCUUUGUGGCGGCGAAUAUUCGUGCGGAAAUCCUGGAACGUAUUCGCCCCGAGUUGAAUCCUUUGAAAAAAGAAGCACACACUGCCGGGCGUCGCAGUUAUUUGAAUACGCUGAAGGUCGUAAAUGAGAUACAGGUGGAGGUCGUUUCCAAAAUGGAUAUGUCUGCUCCAUCGAGGGCUUCGCCCAUUUUGCUCACCGACUGUGCUGCCGAUGAGUAUGGCGUCCAUUCCGAUGGUGUCAUCAUGAUGCAUACCUUCAAAAAGGCCAUGGAAAUAAUAAAUAUAUGCGACAGGGACACGACGCCAUUUGGUGCUGUUUCCAUAUGGAAUGAGGGAAUGGAUCUGUGCUUCGAUAUUGUGGCUGCCAUCAAUUCUUCGCAUUUCUUUAUCAACUGCAAUGAUGUGGACUUGUCGCCCAUCGACAAGUACUUCCAGGCCGAAGAGAACUAUACGCUGAUCGAUAAGGGUUUCCACUAUGAGGCCCUGAAGAUCUAUGAAAAAUUCAAAACGAUUGUCUUCCCUUUGGUGCAUCAUAUAGCACCGAAACCAGAGGCUAAUAUCGAUGUGGAGGAGCCAUUACCCAUCUCCUUUUUGGAGAGCUAAAAGGCUUCCUCAUUCUCGAUCGAUUUUUGUUGCCCAAAAUAUGCAUUCCAAUAAAAAUUUUCAAGUUA